AUGUCUGGUCAUGAAGAUGAUGAGCGAUAUUCGAGACGACAGGCUAAAAGACUCAGGAGAUUCAGUUUUUAUACUGCGGAGGAAGAAGCUGAGGAGAGAUUGCAUGGGGUUUGUACUAAACUUGGGUUGUAUCAUGAUCCUUGGAAGAUAAAGAAGGUUCUUGAACAGAGUGAUGUGAAUAACUUGUGCAGGCUUAUGAUCUCGAGACGAAUGGUGCAGCAGCAUAUUGUCAAAGUGUGGGAAAGGGCUGGAAGAUUUGAGGAUGUGCAGAGACUCGAAGAGAGGGGUGGAGUUGGUGUUAAAGUAUGGGAUUGUAAUAGAGGGAAAGAGUUUGAGUUGGUUUUGAAGAAGCAUGUGUCUACUGAUUGUUAUGUUUUUUGUGGUACUUGGAGGAGUCAGUUUGUUUCUGAAAGGGAACUUCAGAAGGGUGAUGAGAUUGGCCUCUUCUGGUGCAAUUAUUCUCAUUGCUUCUUCUUCUCGGUCCUUGCUCGCGCUCCUGCUCAGCCUUCUGUUUGA